CCAACUUUAGUGCCCCUCCCAGUUUGCCUACAACAAACAAAAUAACAAAAACAUACAACCAAAACAACAAAAGUACCAAAAAACAAAAACACUCACGUUACAAUAUUAUUCAUAUUGCAUUAAUUAUCCUGUCCCAUGUCUCACAAUCUCCACCUCCUCCUCCUCUUCUUCUUCUUCUUCUUCUUCUUCCUCCUCCUCGUCCAGCUCGCGCGUAGUACAAGUACUACGGCGAUUGGCCAAUGGCAGCUCCUACAAGAAAGUAUCGGCAUAUCCGCCAUGCACAUGCAACUCCUACAUGACGACCGUGUUAUUAUCUUCGAUAGGACCGACUUUGGCCCUUCGAACAUCUCCCUACCUAACGGCCAAUGUCGUGAUAACCCUCAUGACUUGGCCUUGAAGAUUGAUUGCACGGCUCACUCCGUUGAGUAUAACUCUCUUUCCAACACCUUCCAUCCCCUAAAUGUGUUAACCGACACAUGGUGCUCCUCCGGUGCCACCCUCCCCAAUGGAACCCUAGUCCAGACCGGUGGUUUCAACGACGGAGAGCGUGUGGUUAGAACUUAUCAACCGUUUUGCGAGGUAUGUGAUUGGGUGGAGCUUCCUAACAAGUUGUUGAUUCGACGGUGGUAUUCUACCAACCAUGCCUUGCCUGAUGGUCGUGUUAUUGUCAUCGGAGGUCGGAGAGCCUUCAACUAUGAGUUUUAUCCAAAAACAACAACACGCUCUUUUCAACUUUAUAAGCUGCCGUUUUUGGCACAAACUAAUGAACCUCAUGUGGAGAAUAACUUGUACCCUUUUGUGUUCCUCCAUGUAGAUGGGAACUUGUUUAUUUUUGCUAACAAUCGAGCAAUUUUGCUUGAUUAUACUAGAAAUAUUGUUGUUCGUACCUAUCCAACUAUCCCGGGUGGUGACCCACGUACGUACCCGAGCUCAGGGUCUGCAGUUCUUUUACCAUUGAGAAAUUUGGAGUUAGGACUUAAUGUGGAAGUGGAGGUGUUAAUAUGCGGGGGUGCUCCAUCGGGUUCUUACUUGAAGGCACAUUCGCGUCAGUUUUUGCCAGCUCUGGAUACGUGUGCUCGAAUUAAGAUUAAUGAUCCUAAUCCCACUUGGGCCAUGGAAUCUAUGCCUAUGGCUCGUGUCAUGGGUGACAUGCUUAUUCUGCCUAGUGGGGAUAUCUUGAUAAUUAAUGGGGCCGGGUCAGGUAGUGCCGGGUGGGAGCUAGGUCGUGACCCAGUCUUCACCCCGGUUAUCUACCACCCGGACAAUGUGUUGGGAUCUAGAUUCGAGAUCCAGAACUCAGGUCAAAUUCCAAGAAUGUACCACUCGACUGCAAUCUUGUUACGAGAUGGAAGGAUUUUAGUGGGUGGUAGUAACCCCCAUAAGUUAAACAACUUUACCAAUGUGUUAUAUCCUACUGAACUUAGUUUGGAGGCAUUUUCACCCCCAUAUUUGGAUCCCAACAAAAGAGAAUUGCGGCCAACUAUUAAGACCCCAGUUUCAAGCUCUAAGAUUCAAUAUGGGAAAAUCAUAGAGGUCAAGUUCACAAUUACUUGGUUGAUUGACCCAUUUUCGAUCACGGUUACCAUGCUAAGACCACCCUUUAACACACACUCAUUCUCCAUGACCCAAAGAUUAUUGGUACUAACCAAUACAACCCCAGUAAUGCUUACCGAUUCGGAUCAAUUUCAAGUCAAUGUCAUGGCACCCGGAUCCACUAACAUCGCUCCCCCGGGCUUUUAUAUGCUUUUUGUGGUGCACCACAAUGUUCCUAGUACAGGCAUUUGGGUUCACCUUAUGUGAUUGAUUACUCUUUAAAAUUAUUUUCAUUUUCCUAGUCAAUUGUUUUUUUUUUUUUUUUGACAAUGUCCUAGUCAAUUGUUACAUACAAGUAGUACGUAAUUCUUCCUAAUUAGCUAAGAUAGUGAAGUAUUAAUAUGCCAAAUUCGCAUUCUCUUGUGAGUUUCAUUUGUACGGAUAAAGUUAAACGAGGUGGACAGGCGAAGUUGCACAAAUUUAUGCAUGUGAAGACGUAUAUUGCAUA